AUGUCAUCGCAACACGUCGUUUUCACCUUUGCCGGCCAGGGGUGGCCUCCUGUGCAAGCAGCUCGUGAUCUGUAUCGCACAUCCCAAGUCUUCAGAGAUGCAGUCGUGGAUGUGCAGAAGGUGAUUGACACUCUGCUACGAGAGAAAGAGAUACAAGACUGUCGCCACGUACCACUAACGGACUACCUGGAGGAAGACGAUGUUCGACCACCCUAUGCGACAAGUUUCGAUCGCUCUCCAGAUACCAAACAAGAUCUGCUACCGCCAACAGAGUCACUGGUCAUUGUGGCCUCACAAUAUGCACUCGGCAAGAUGCUCCAAUCUUGGGGCAUUGCUCCUCGCAGCGUCAUGGCCUAUUCGCUUGGCGAAAUGGUGGCAGGCACUUUCACUGGUUCCUAUACCUUACCCGCCGUAAUGAAGCUGCUUGCACGGCGAGAAUCCCUACUUGCCGAUCGGUCCUUGAUCCCGCANAAAGGUGCCUUGGCAGUGGUCAUGACCGAUGGUGACAGCGCCAAAGAAAUUCUUGCCAAAGAAGGACUCUUGGGCACAGUCGACAUCUCAGGCUUUCUCACUCCAACAUCUACCGGUCUCGCAGGCGACGCAAAUGCUCUCGAACUCGUUUUGCAAAGGUUCGAAGCCGCCGACAUUGGCGUCAAGCGUGUCAAAUUGGAGGUUGGCAUGGUGAGUCGCGAUUUGUCUUUCAGUAGCCAAUAUUGCAAUAACAUUAACAAUUGUCGACACAGNCACUCUGGGCACAUUCAAGCCCUGACAGACCACAUUCGCUCAAGUCCCGACGUCUUUCCAGAGUCGGAAUCGAAGGACUGCAGUGUCGUUCCCGACUUUGAUCACUGGUCGUCGCUAGGAUUUCAGAUGCCGACCGGCUCGCCUUUGAACGCCAAUCACUAUGCCACAGUCUUGCGUCGACCACUGCGCUACAGAGAGUGCAUUCAGGGCAUCUACCGCAAGCAUAUGAAAGAGCAGCCAGAUCAGGACUUGGUGUUUAUCGACAUGGGCAUGGGGCCGGGCCAGCUGUACAAGUCCAUCAUGGCUACACUGAAGGAUACUCCAGGAUGGCAGCAAGGACAGGUCAGAGCCACUGCCAGUAUCGAUCCAGUCGAAGCAGGUGAUGCAAAGAUGAAGCUUGGCUGGGCAGAGACACAGCUCGAGGCAAAUCUCCGACGAGCAAACAUCUCUAUGAAAGCCCCACAGCUAGCUCAAGGUAUGUUGUUGCCAGUCCGGCAGUUUGCCAAGCAUGUACUGACAACCGAUCAUAGGGUCUGGUGGACAAUACCAACAACGAAGAUCCAUCCAUACCUACACAAGGAGACCACUGCAGUGCACUGCACACACUGGCUGCGCAUCUCGAUUGCCACGGCUGAAUUUUCGCUCGUGGGCUCGGACAGCGUUGAGACUUUGAAGGACGGAUGCUCUGAAAGCGCCCGGAAAAUAGUUUUCGAGAUGCCGGUCAUCUUGGUGGAAGGUGGAACGGGACUGUAA